UGGGCGACACCCGGAGGGGGGUGGAGACAAUCACAAAGACAGGUGAAACAGAUCAGGGCGUGACACCCAUGGUGUUAAAAAGACAAUGGUUUCACUGAGAGAUGCUUUUCCCGGGUUAAAAUGAACAAUUAGUAACAGGAUAAUGAACCCAAAUGUGCCCUUUAAGUACCUCCAAAAAGCUUAUUGAUUCAUUUUAAGAGUGGCAGUAUAUUUGGGUGAUGUUUACCAGGAUCUGCUUGUGCACUCAAUAUCCCCUUAUGAGAUCAGCAGAAGAAUUACGUUUGCUGUUAUUGAGUCCAUUUGUUCAUUAUCGUACACUCGCCACUGUGUUGUGUUCAGUGACACAAAGAAAGCAGCUGAUGCCUUUUCCCUCAGUUAUCAGAUGAUAUUGUUGAGAGCUAAGAUGUGAGUAUUACCUAGGCUCACAGUAUCAGUGAAGUGAUCACUGAAUAAUUCAUGCUAGUUUUCCUCCGUUUAAUGGUUCCAUCUGGUUUAUGCCUUAGUGGAGCAUGUUGGAAGGCGACUCUUCCCACUGUGAAACAAGCUCAUUGUAUUGCUGACUUUUACUACUAAAUGUAAGCAAAGUAUAAGCAAAAGCUGUUUGACCAUAUAUCUCUGUGCUCUGUACCAUAGCUGCAGAGGCGUCACAGUGCUGGCAGGGUGCGACCUACUCAGAGGCUGUGGUCUCCCCGGCCCUGAGGAGCAGCAACAUCUUGCGGGUGCCAGACAUGUCAUCUCUUGCGCAGUGUGCUGGGGCGUGUUGUGAUCGGCCUGAAUGUAACCUGGCCUGGCUGUUUGAGUGUCGCUGCUACAUCCUCAGCUGCCAGCAGAGAGAGAACUGCCAGCCCAGACAGAGACCUGGAGCUGAUUCCUAUAUGGCCUUCGUGCAGAGAGGACCCCCUCAGACCCUGCUGCUCCAGUCUCUGGUCAGGGGGGAGCCCUAUCCCAGUCGCUGGAGGCCCCACCCCUCUGGGGACGUGGAGGCACUGAAUGACCUAGCCCUGUUAGAUGGGCCCCAGAUGGAUUUUGAUGACCCAGGUGGGAUGGGUUUGGAAUACCCUGAGAGUGAACUUGGCCCUGAGGAUAAUGGUGGGGAUCUUCCAGAUUGGCCUGCAGCAUUGGAAGGGAGGGAUGGUUUCAACCUAUCGGAAAGUGAAGGCAGGCUAGUGGGGCUGGGAUUUGCAACAGAAGGGGCUGAAAGCAGCCUGCCCAGUCCUUCCACUGGGGCAACUAUCAACCAGGGGGCACCCCCCAGUGACCCCACGUCUGGCACUACACCUGAAAACAAGAAAGUAAGUUUCAGAUGAAACAAUGGGCAGGAAUCAAAACGCAACAAAAAAUGAGGCCGUAUGAGGACCACAUGUUUGCCAGGACACGGUGGAAAUGAUACUGGGUUACAUAGAUCCAAUAAAGUGAUUAGAUUUAGCUCACAAUUAGUGGACAAACUGGACAUGAAAAAGCAGUCUGUCUAAAUUAAGGCAGAUAGUUGGAAAUAUCUCCUGUAAAACAGCUGGGACAUUUUAAAUAGGGUUACUUCCCUGAGGUAUGAUAAACGGUCACCCAGCUGACAGUCUGCAUAUAUGUGUAUGUGUGUGUGUGUGUUAUUACAGUGACAUUUUGCUGACUCAAUUGCUCUGUAGUCACAUUCACCCAGCGCGCCUGACCUUCACAUAUCCUUUGAGAAUAGGACAUACUGUAAUCCACAUAGCUUCUCUUACUAAUGUAGGCUUGUCAGCCAUUCCCAGGAGGGGGAUUUGGAGGGUGAUUUGGAGAGAGGGUUAAUUUGGGAAUUUGCAAUACAGAUUCUUUAUGAACAAGUCUUGUUUUACUAAUACAAAUAGUAAUGUAUUUGCUGUUGUUUUCUUUGUAGGAUAGUGAACUACAGAACACAUCCAUGGCCAGCUCAGGGCCAACAUUCACGCCAAAAACCACAGAAUGACAGUGUUCACUCCUCCCAACCGAGCCAAAUAAAGACUUCCCAUCCCACUAAAGCCCCAUCUCAUCUGUCCAGUACUGUACCCCUGACCACAUCCACACAGACAGGUACUGCAAUAUGUUUCUGUUCAUUGGAUUUUUUUAAACCUUAAUUGGUGAUUGUAGGUAGUCUUUCAUAUUCUUUGUUCCCCCUGUUACAUAACCUGUUUCUAUCUCAUAUUUUC